GACGAUGAAGACGACGACGGAGCCGCAACGGCAUGUGCCCUCUCCUCUUCCUCGUCCUCCCCCAGCUGCGGGAGGCGGAGGAGGAAGAGGAGGAGGAGGAGUGGCCUGGCCGGCGGUCGUCCCGAGCGUCACUUACAAACCGGAGCGCCGCUCCUUCCCCGCGCUCACUUGCUCACCUCCACGGCCACGGCGGGACGGACAGCGAGAGCCGCGCACGUCGAGCCAAGGAGGCAAAGAUCGACUUCCAGCUAUUUGAACAUCAGGCCGGGUCCCGUUCAGCACGUUGACCUCUAAAAUCAUCACACGCCGCUCCAUAAGAUGAGCAAGAAGAUGGAGGACGAGGCCGUGCUGGACCGCGGGGCAUCCCUCGUCAAGCACGUCUGCGACCAGGAGGAGGUGGAAGGUCACCACACCGUUUACAUCGGCGUCCGGGUGCCCAAGAGCUACCGGCGCCGACGACGCCACCGGCGGCGAUUGCCCGGCCACAAGGACAGGAAGGAGCGGACGUCGGAAACCGCCUCCGACAACGAGACCGGCGAGGAGGCCGGCAAGGGCAUCCUCAAGCCCCUCGUGUCGCCGGCCGCCGAGAGGAUCCGCUUCAUCCUCGGGGAGGACGACGACGGCCCGCCGCCCCCGCAGCUCUUCACCGAGCUGGACGAGCUGCUGUCGGUGGACGGCCAGGAGACGGAGUGGAAGGAGACGGCCAGGUGGAUCAAGUUUGAGGAAAAGGUGGAGAAAGGCGGCGAGCGCUGGAGCAAACCUCACGUGGCCACCUUGUCCCUGCACAGCCUGUUUGAGCUGCGCGCCUGCAUCGAGAAAGGCAGCAUCCUGCUGGACUUGGAGGCGUCCACCUUGCCUCAGCUGCUCGAGCUGAUCACGAACGAGCAGGUGCAGAGCGGCCAGCUGAAGCCCGAGCUGAAGGAGAAGGUGACGUCCACGCUGCUGCGCAGGCAUCGCCACCAGACCAAGAAGUCCAACCUGCGCUCGCUGGCCGACAUGGGCCGGACGGUCUCCGGCGCAAGUAGGCUCUUUUCCAACCAGGACAACGCCCGUAGUCCUCUGGAGACCUCCGUGACGUGCCUGUCGAGCGGCAUCUCAACGGAGGACUUGCAGAGUCCGAGGAGCGCCAGCAUGGAUUGGCUCAAUAGUCCCACCACCACCGCCCAGCGGAACCUGACCUCCAGCAGCCUCAACGACAUCUCUGACAAGCCGGAGAAAGACCAGCUGAGGAACAAGUUCAUGAAGAAGUUGCCCAGGGACGCGGAGGCCUCCAACGUGCUGGUGGGCGAGGUGGACUACCUGGACGCCCCCUUCGUGGCCUUCGUGCGCCUGCGGCAGGCCGUCAUGCUCGGCGCCUUGACCGAAGUUCCCGUUCCCACCAGAUUUUUGUUUGUCCUGCUCGGGCCCAAAGGGAAAGCCAAGUCGUAUCACGAGAUCGGACGAGCCAUCGCUACCCUGAUGUCGGACGAGGUGUUCCACGACAUCGCGUACAAGGCCAAGGACCGGCAGGACCUGCUGGCCGGCAUCGACGAGUUCUUGGACGAGGUGAUCGUGCUGCCUCCCGGCGAGUGGGAUCCCGCCAUCCGCAUCGAGCCUCCCAAAACGCUGCCGUCCUCGGACAAAAGGAAAAACAUGUAUGCGGGCGCAGACUUUCAGAUGAACGGAGACGCGCCCCACGACGGCGGUCCCGGAGGAGGCGGGCACGCCCCGGGCGAGGAGCUGGAGAAAACGGGAAGGUUUUGCGGUGGCCUCGUGCUGGACAUCAAGAGGAAGGUGCCUUUCUUGCUGAGCGACGUGACGGACGCCUUCCACAUCCAGGCGCUGUCCGCCAUCUUGUUCAUCUACCUGGGCACCGUCACCAACGCCAUCACCUUCGGCGGCCUGCUCGGCGACGCCACGGAAAACAUGCAGGGCGUUUUGGAGAGCUUCCUGGGCACCGCCAUCGCGGGCGGCGUCUUCUGCCUGCUGGCCGGCCAGCCGCUCACCAUCCUCAGCAGCACGGGUCCCGUCCUGGUCUUUGAGCGCCUCCUCUUCAAUUUCAGCAAGGACAACGAAUUCAACUACCUGGAGUUCCGGCUGUGGAUCGGCCUGUGGUCGGCGUUCCUGUGCCUGCUGCUGGUGGCCACCGACGCCAGCUACCUGGUCAAGUACUUCACGCGCUUCACCGAGGAAGGCUUCUCGGCCCUGAUCAGCUUCAUCUUCAUCUACGACGCCUUCAAGAAGAUGAUCAAGCUGGCCCACCACUACCCCAUCAACUCGGACUUCCGGGCGGAGCGCGUCACGGAGUACGACUGCCUCUGCAUGGCGCCCGCCGUCCUCGAAAACAACUCGGAGUUUGCGGGCGACCCUUUGGAAGGCGCCUCCGUCUGGUUCUGGAACGACACGGACCUGCCCGCCAACGCCAGCUGGUCGUCUCUGAGCCGGACCGACUGCUUGAAGUACAACGGCGAGUUGGUGGGCAAGGCGUGCCACUUUGUCCCCGACAUCGCGCUCAUGUCCGUCAUCCUCUUCUUCGGCACCUACGCCUGCUCCAUGGCCCUGAAGAAGUUCAAGAGCAGCCCCUUCUUCCCCACCGCCGUCAGGAAGCUCAUCAGCGACUUUGCCAUCAUCCUGACCAUCCUCAUCUUCUGCGGCGUGGACGCGCUGGUCGGCGUGGACACGCCCAAACUCAUGGUGCCCACGGAAUUCAAGCCCACCAGUCCCCUGCGAGGCUGGUUCGUGCCGCCGUUCGGGGGCAACCCGUGGUGGGUGUACCUGGCGUCGGCGCUGCCCGCCCUGCUGGUCACCAUCUUGAUCUUUAUGGACCAGCAGAUCACGGCCGUCAUCGUCAACAGGAAGGAGCACAAGCUGAAGAAAGGGGCGGGCUACCACCUGGAUCUGUUCUGGGUGGCCGUGCUGAUGGUGGUGUGCUCCUUCAUGGGCCUGCCGUGGUACGUGGCCGCCACCGUCAUCUCCAUCGCUCACAUCGACAGCUUGAAGAUGGAAACGGAAACGUCGGCGCCCGGCGAGCAGCCCAAGUUCUUGGGAGUCAGGGAGCAGAGGGUGACGGGCGUCUGCGUGUUCAUCCUCACCGGACUGUCGGUCUUCAUGGCUCCCAUUUUAAAGUUCAUCCCCAUGCCGGUGCUGUACGGCGUCUUCCUGUACAUGGGGGUGGCCUCGCUCAACGGAGUUCAGUUCAUGGACCGCCUGAAGCUGCUGCUGAUGCCGGCCAAGCACCAGCCCGACCUGAUUUACCUGCGCCACGUGCCGCUGAGGAAGGUGCACCUGUUCACCUUCGUCCAGGCGCUCUGCUUGGCCCUGCUUUGGAUCCUCAAGUCCACCGUGGCCGCCAUCAUUUUCCCCGUCAUGAUCCUGGCGCUGGUGGCCGUGAGGAAAGCCAUGGACUACGUGUUCUCGCAGCACGACUUGAGCUUCCUGGACGACGUCAUCCCCGAGAAGGACAAGAAGAAGAAGGAGGACGAGAAGAAGAAGAAGAAGCACAACGCUGACGACAGCGACGCCGAUGACUCUGACUAUCCGUACAAUGAGAACGUUGCCAGCAUUAAAAUUCCCAUGGACAUGCUGGAGCAGGAACCCUUCUUAGGCGCUCAGGCCUCCGACACGGAGAAGUCGGCUGCCUUUCUGGAGCGACACACGUCGUGCUGAGCGGCUUCGCUACUACCCGGCCGACUGCACGUCCAGCCCCGAGACGAGUCCGCUGAAGCCGCCGCCUCAGAUUAGAAUAGACAUGGACCCGGACGACGGCCACCCUUUCUUCUGGCCCGGUCGAGGAUCCGAGACAUCUCUGUAGGUCCGCCGAGCCGCCACUCCCGGCGGGGGCGACGCCCGCGGCCGACAACCGCCAUCGCCGCCGCCGCCGCCAAAACACAGCGAGCAAGCUAACGCGACGACGACUUGUUGGACGCGACCGCGGCUCUGUGCUUUUCCCUCCCUUGCUUGCUUUUCCUUUUCGAUCAUCCGUCUCUACUUUUCGAUCCUCAAAUAUGUAAAAAGGAAAAAAAAAUCGGUGCGAUAUUAUGACGACCUUUUCCCGUCGCAGGAAAAGUUCAUUUUUAGAGUCGACCUCUUGUUUCCGAUGAACAAGUGUCGAGUGAUUGUGGGGGAUUCUAGACGGAAAAGGUGUGCUCAUGUGAUUGAAUAGUUAUUAAUGCUGAAUUAACAAUGAACCGGACACCCUUUCUGAUUUGUGUUUUUCGUACUAGAUUCAAUUGAAAACAUUUAUUUUAGUGCUUCAUUUUGUAAUCAUUUGUUGUUGUGCGCAUUGAGGACGCAUGUGGCGUUUUCCUCAACUGGGAGCAAUAUCGUGUUGGCAAAUGCGCUGCGUUGCCUUUCAAGCGGCUGACGAGGUCCAUCACUCGUACCGGAAUCCAAAGUCAAGGACAAAUCACAAAUGAUGUUUUUCACCCCGAAAUAGUCGCUUUCUCCAUUUCUGUGAUUUUUGUUUGUUUUUCAAGUACUCUUGAAAUCAAGACUAUUAAAUACAUAUAGUUUUUUUCUUUCUAUUAAGAACCCCCCCCGCCCCCCAGCUCUGAAAAUAAAUUUGAAGAAAAGUUGCGCUAGUUAGCUUAGCAUGAACUCUGGAAAUCAAAUUCCAAAAUCAACCCCCCCCCCCA